ACGAAAUAUAGGGAGAAAUAAUUUUAUUGUUUAUUCAAAGAAUCCUAAUAGACGAUAUUAAUACUAAUAAGUGAAGCUUAUUAAUCCUAUUUGUGUCUAUAAUGGGCGACGGUCAAAGUGAAAAUCAGCCUUUGCUGAGAGACGAGGAAGUCAAUGUGAGCACAAUUUCUCCAAUUGGACCCGAUGAAUUACCACCACCAUACCUUCAAGUAGGGAUGCCAAUGGUGACAUGCCGGGUAUGCCAGGCGAUGAUAGACAUCUCUGGCAAGAGAGAACAACAUGUUGUGAAGUGUCCUGAAUGUAACGAAGCUACUCCUAUAAGAAAUGCCCCACCAGGGAAAAAAUAUGUGCGUUGCCCAUGCAAUUGCCUUUUGAUCUGCAAAUCAUCAUCUCAGCGUAUUGCUUGCCCACGUGCCAACUGCAAGCGUAUCAUCAAUCUUGCUCCUUCUCCUGUGACACCACCGGUCCCCACAGCGCCAGGCAUGUGCAGAGUCAUCUGUGCACACUGCCAGGACACUUUUCUUUUUCAAAUGUUGAAGAAUGCUCCGGUUCGUUGCCCGCAUUGUCGUAAAGUAUCAUCGGUCGGUCGUCGUAUGGCACGUGUCCGCGGCAUCGUGUUCGCGGUUCUCGCACUUGUAUUCUUCGCGAUCGCGCUGGGAGUCACACUCGGUACUUUGUCCUCAGCAAAGAGUUACGGUGGCGGCAUUUACGUCGCGUACGUUGCAGCCUUUUUGAUACCUCUACUACUUGCGAGCCGAUCUGUAUUUUACUUCGCUAUGAAAGUGAGUCAUAACGAAGGCCCCAUGUAACUCCCGGGCUAUAUAGAUUUGUGAUAAAAUUUGUAUAAUUGACUAGGAAACAAUGAUUUCUCAAUUCCAUAUUAUAAUUAGCGUAAAGUAGUUUGGUUUUAUACUGAACUAGUGUAUAGUUUUUGAGUAGUAAAAGAUCCUUAUUCGUGGUUUCACUGUUACGGAGUUGAAAGUUGCGUCAUUAUUCUUGUGUAUAUUCCAAUCGGUAUUUUAUGAGAGUUCUGUACUACGGUGAUAUGUCACUUGA